AGUUGCGUCACUAGUUCAUUACCAGCUGACUCUAGCCCAACUGACUUUCAUCACUCGAUGCUGACACGAUCAGACAUUCGGAAUCAACAUGACGAUGUUCGACAGCAGAUUUGUCGUAGUCCUCCUGGGUGUCAUUGCGCCAUUGCUGGGAUGCGGAACUCUCGAGAACGAGCUUGCCACAAUCUUAGGGCGGCUGCAGGCGGCUAAAGAAGACUUCAAGUGCAUCUUCAACAUCAGCGAUGAGCAGUGUCCAUGUUUGGAUGGCACGCCACUGAGUGGUAAUGAAACCAUAGCUGAUGUUGGCUGCUUUGAAGCUCAGCUCGAAGUCCUGACCAGGCUGUUAUGUGACCUUACCGUGGAGUUGGAAAAUGUGACCGAAUCGCAGCCAGAUACGUGUCCUCAUCUGGAAGGGUGUGCUAGUUUGGUCGCAGCCUGUUCAUGUUCUGACGUUGCUGUGGUGGACCCCGUCGGGACGAUCCAGCCAAGUCUUCAGGCCUCUGAAAAUGUCAGCGGGAUAGUAGUGGAUGGUUCCAUCGCUCUGUGUCCCGCGUAUACUAUCUACUACUUCAGCGAACAUCCGUUACACAUAGUAUGUUGGGUUAUCAACAGCACCGAGGAAACGGAAACUGUCAUCGCUAAUGAAACAAUCUUGGCCGAGGACACUGGAGUUGCGACUGGCAUUGCUUACCAUAACGACAAGGUGUUCAUCGCUCUAGACUACAGUGGUGUGCCCGAUGUUCUGCUGUCGGUUGACACUGUCGCCCCCUUCACGGUCACUCCACUUGCCACGUUGACCUGCAAGCCUGGGAAAGUCAGGAGCUAUGAAGGGCGGGUAUACUUCAGCGAUUGCAAGGCAGUGAGGAGCGUCACGCCAACAGGGGGAGAUGAACGCACAGAGAUGCAGUUUUCCCUCAGCAUCAAUUCGUUUGACUUCCUUGGCGAUGAUACCAUCGUCAUUUGUGAUGAGUUUGGUGGCCUGUGGCACUACAGCCCCGCCUCGAGGUGCUUCACGCUCAUUGACUGUAGAUCCUCCCCCUGCGCCGACGUCAAGCUCAACCAGUGCUCCUCCCUCGUCUACGUCGCCUACCCAGAUAACGCAGAGCUCGACGUGUUCGAGUCCACGUUGGUCGCGAAUGGGACGUUAGCGUACACAACGUCGGUUCCUGGUGCCUGCCCGACCAUCGAUUUCGAACCAAACUGCGCUCGGCCCAUCGAUGGGAACAACUUUUCCCCAUGAGCAGUGUACAGCUGUUAAAGGAAGGAAAUCAGUCGAAUCUGUAUUCAGUAAACCCUUUCAAUACGA